AUGCUUAAGGGCAUCUGGAUUAAAUGGCAGCCUCCAUUCCCUCCCAAGGUUAAACUGAAUGUUGACGGCUCGAUGAAGGGAGAAUUUUGUUCAGGUGGUGGCGUGGUUUGCAUCUCUACUGGAAACGUGGUUCAAGAAUUUUCUCACUUUUACGGCAAAGGAUCUCUUCUUUUCGCAGAAGCUCAAGCUAUAUUAGAUGGGUUGAUUAUAUGUCAGGAAUUAGGAGUCGAAGAAUUGAUUUUUGAAUCAGACUCAAAGCUCGUAUUAGACAUGAUACUUAACAAGGCUACCGUGGCAUGGGAGAUUCACUACAUUAUAUCUUGCAUUCGGCAGCUUCUUAAAGACUCUUGGGGUGGUCAACAUGUUUAUAGAGAGGCAAAUGGUGUAGCCGAUGAAUUAGCUAAGCUGGCUCAUGAUCAUAAGGAGAAGAAACGGUAUUCAGCAGGUGAAUUUCUGAUAUGA